GUCAGUUAGUGAAACAACGGCUUAGUAACGCGGCGUCGUUCAAACCGAGAGCCGGAGCGAGGCUGGAGCUGAGCUGGAGCUUUGUUUUCAGCGGGGAAAAAAGCGAGGAUUUUACUGUUUAACUCUUCACAUGGGGAGCUGAGGGGGACCAAGAUGGUUUUCGUGCUUUACGGGAUGUCCCUGUUCCCAGUUCUGUUACUUUUGUUCGGGAGAACGGCCGCUUCGGUCCAGGAGAACGACUUUACGGUGGCUGCUGUGGAAAACCGUCCGGAACCGCCGCUUAGUGGCGGAACCACCACCAUCCCCAACUACUUACCCGAGGACGAGCCCAAGUUACCACUUUUCACCCCGGCUCCUUUCUUCACAACAAAGGAGAGCAGGACUGCUGGAAAAGCCCCCCGGCUGCUGCCCUCAGCUUCAGACCCGACCCCAGCCGCUGCUUUAACCCAAACAACCGCCAGAACAACGGCUAACCACCUGAACAGCAGAUUAACUGACCAGACCACCGCCUCCAGAGAGCUUCUAACCUCAGCUAAAACAGCAACUUUUACACCUUAUCCACCUAAAAACUCAACUACAGCUGCUGUACAGGAUACUACUACCACAUUUACCACCACUACCACCCCCAACAUACCUACCACCAAGUCAUGGAGUAUGGAGAGCACCUCCACAGCCACCUCCACCACUGAGAAAGGACCCCAGUGUAACUGCAGUGUAGAGGGUACGCUGGACCCGCUCAGCUGUGACCCGGGCACCGGUCAGUGUGUGUGUGUGCAGGGCUACUCAGGGCUCCAGUGUGACGGCUGUGAGGACGAGUACUUCAACAACGGCACCAGCGGCUGCCAGCCGUGUGGAUGUGACACAUAUGGAGCCCUGGGGAAGAGGUGUGAUGGCUCUGGUGUGUGUACGUGUAAAAUGGGAGUGUACGGAGACAAGUGUGACGACUGCCGGCCGGGCUUCUUCAAAUUCAGCAGCACAGGAUGCCAACCGUGCCAGUGUAACAAUCACACCAGCCUCUGCGACACACAAUCAGGCAUAUGUUUGAACUGCCAAGGCAAUACCAAGGGUCCCAGCUGUGAGGAAUGCAAGUAUAACUUCUACAGACCACCCGGCACUGCCGCCACUGAAGCCUGCCUGCCCUGCCCCUGCUCCAGUGUCACCUCCACAGGCAGCUGUACCCUUGACCAAACAGGCCAGCCGGUCUGUGACCAGUGCAACCGGGAGUACCAGGGCCCCAACUGUGAGCAGUGCCGCGAUGGAUUCUACAACGCCGACAGCAUCUGCGUCCCCUGCAACUGCAGCGGAAAUGAAGAUCCUCACAGCAGACCUCGUGUCUGCCACCCGGACACGGGCCACUGUCUGAACUGCCAGCACAACACUGCAGGAACUCACUGUGAACGCUGUGCUCAGGGCUUCACCGGAGACGCCCUGUCCAAAAACUGCACAGCCAUAGUUUUUACCACUCGUCCACCACCUACUACCAUGACCCCUAGCCCCAACGGCACGGAGCAGCUCCCCACACUCUCCAGCGCACUCAUCACCAGCCUGGCUAGCCCCACCACCAACGGUACCUCCGCCACCGCUGCCGACGUCUCCUGGGCGCAGUUCAACGUCAUCGUGCUGGCCGUCAUCAUCGUGGUGCUGGUGGUGCUCAUGGGUGUGGCGGGGGGCGUCUACACCUACCGCGAGUACCAGAACCGCAAGCUCAACGCCCCCUUCUGGACCAUCGAGCUGAAGGAGGACAACAUCAGCUUCAGCAGCUACCACGACAGCAUCCCCAACGCCGACGUCUCGGGCCUGCUGGAGGACGAGAUGAGCGAGGUGGCCUCCAACGGACAGCUGACGCUCAGCAGCCCAGGGAACCUGUUCAAGGCGUGACGGGUGACGGGCUGCACCGUGGUGGAAGCAGGGCCGGUGACGGCCCCACGGCGGGCCAACACGGGCCAGAGGCGGGCCCCCUGCCCUUGAGACAGCUUAGUUUGUUUAAAUUUCAAAUCGUGGAUUCAAAAGAGGGAUGCGAGAAGAUACGCACUGACGCUUUUGCUCUUCUAGGGGGAGUACAAACUCACACAGAGAUGAGACAUGCCUAAAGAUAACGUAAGAGAUGCGAUGUUGUUGUGUGAAGGAGGUGAUUAGAUUGGGUAUUUGGGUAUUAUUUGGGUGGUGGGUCAUUCUCAGCAGCCGUGCUGCUGGAGUUUUUAAACACCUUAGUUUGAAAAAACAAACACGACUGGACUGAGAAGAAAGAGUUCACCAACCUUAAAUAUCCAGCCAUGGACAUGCCUAAAGAAAAGUGCUGAGAGGAUGAUGCCAUGUGUGAAGGAGUUGAUUAGAUUGGGUAUUAUUUGGGGGGUGGUUCAUUCUCAGCAGCAGUGCUGCUGGAGUUUUUAAACACCUCAGUUUAAAAACAUGACGCGACUGGACUGAGAAGAAACAGUUCACCAACCUUAAAUAUCCAGCCAUGGACAUGCCUAAAGAGAAGUGCUGGGUGUAUGAUGCCAUGUAAGAAGGAGGUGAUUAGAUUGGGUAAUUGGGUAUUAUUUGAGUGGUGGGUCAUUCUCAGCAGCAGUGCUGCUAGAGUUUUUAAACACCUUGGUUUAAAAACAUGACUAGACUGAGAAGAAGGAGUUUACCAACCAUAAAUAUCCAGCUGUGGAUGUGCUGGAUACUAAAAAAAGAAAAGUGAAAAGUGCUGGGAAGAUGAUGCCAUGCGUCAAGGAAAUAAUGCAUAAAGCAGAUGAUUUGAAGAGUAGAGGAGAAUGAGAUAAGCACCUUCUUGGAAAGCCUCUAAGAUCCCUGUAAGUUUAGUGCCACACGUGUGUUUAGACUGGAGUUGGGAUAUCUAGAUAGCUAACAGGUACGAAUGCCACAUUUUCACAGCGUAUGUCGUCCUUUUUGAUGACGGUGACAGUUUGGACUGAUGAUGAUGAAAGCACAGUCGAUACUGCCUUUGCCUUAUGUAACAAAGUGCAAAAAGACAAGCAGUGUUUAUAUCUGAAGUUAAGGUUUAUCUGCAUCACCAAUUUUUUUAAAAUUAAUAAUAACUAUCUCAGUAAAAUCUCAGUAAUGCCACAAACUAUUGGCACAAGGCAUACUCUUACUCACACACACUCUUAUACACAGACUAGACACAAUUGCCUAGACAGACAGUGCACCGUUCACAGUACACAGUACAGUACAUACAGGGGUUGGACAAUGAAACUGAAACACCUGGUUUUAGACCACAAUAAUUUAUUUUGGCGAUGGACAGUUCUGGUGGAAACAGGAGAGUUGAGGUGCACAUUGAAUUCUGCCGUGAAUGUUUUAUUGGAUACAAUCCAGGUUAGCACCCGAACAUCCCUUUCAGACAGCUUCCUCUUACAGCGUCCACAGUUAAUCCUGUUGGAUGUGGUUCGUCCUUCUUGGCGGUAUGCUGACAUUACCCUGGAUACCGUGGCUCUUGAUACAUCACAAAGACUUGCUGUCUUGGUCACAGAUGCUCCAGCAAGACGUGCACCAACAAUUUGUCCUCUUUUGAACUCUGGUAUGUCACCUAUAAUGUUGUGUGCAUUGCAAUAUUUUGAGCAGAACUGUGCUCUUACCCUGCUAAUUGAACCUUCACACUCGUACUGCUCUUACUGGUGCAAUGUGCAAUUAAUGAAGAUUGGCCACCAGGCUGCUCCAAUUUAGCCAUGAUGAAACCUCCCACACUAAAAUGACAGGUGUUUCACUUUCAUUGUCCAACCCCUGUAUAUGUGUAUUGUGCAUUUGUAGUAUCAAUGACUUCUUUUUUUUAACUUAUGUAAACAGCUCAACACAAAAGAUGGAAGCAUGUGAUUGCACCCUUUGUACCAGUAGAGGGCAGUAUUUGAUUGAACAUUUUAUCAGUGCCCGAAACCUCAACGCCCUGCCUGCCUGCCUGCCAGCCAAGCCUGUCUGUCUGUCUGUCUUUCUUUCUGAAAGAUCUCUUGGAAAAAUGCACUGCACAAGUCCUCAGAAGCAACCCAGGAGGAAAAGGAGGAGGAGGAGAGACAGCAGAGAGAGCGAGAGAGAGAGAAACAGACUGUUCCUUCCUGUCUGGUACAGCGAGGGACCACUCGUUUGCACUGUUCUUCUUCUCUUUCUUCUCUUCUUCUCUUUUAUUUUCUUUUUCUUGUGUUUUUUGUGUUCUUUUUUUUGUUUAGAGCAUCAAAUCGUAUUUAAUUUAUUUGAGUUCUCCUCACCGAACCUCAUGAAUGGACUUUUUUUAGCCAGUUUUUCUUUAUUUGAGGACCUGGAUGUGUUUACCCAACUCUCCCCGUCGCAUCGCAGCACUACGCAGGACUACAUGGCAAGGAAUUGAGAGGUGCUUAUCAUGUGCAAAGCUUUUCACACCUGUUCCAGAUUGACAGGAACUCCACAUGGCACAUGCAGUGGUUUUUUACACCAUAGAAAAGUGUGGGUUUGCCGAACCAGAGGACAACGCCCAACAUGUAGGCAUGUAGGUGGAGGCAUUCACAUGGAAAACGGCUCGUCAGCCCUUUUAACAGGCUCUCCAGAGAGAGUGUGAACGAGUGAACGGAGCCAAUGAGCUGAGAAAACGAAACGCAGGAAAGUGACAGAAGGAGUGAUUAAAUAUGAGAGUAAGUACAUGUAGAAGAAAGUGAUUCUCUGAAAGACUGAAAGCACGUUCUGGGAGAGACUGGAAAGUUUUUUUUUUUAUGUCCCUAUAAGCAAGAAAGAGAGCGAUUUUAAAGAAAAGCUUUGUCAACUCACCGCAGCUCAGCUAGGAAUUGGCUUGGUUUUGGCAUCUUAAAGAGGGGAACUCCACUGAUUUUUCCGAAUGUGAUUUAGUAUGAUUUAGUCGUUAAGAUUGAAAACAAAGUCGUUCUGAGUGGUUUGGUGUGGAAUUCUUUAUUCUAGAGAUAUUUUCUCUUUUCUACAAAGUACAGAACAGCAGUGGUGAUGGCAAGAAACCAGGAUUUUAAAAUAUAUAGCUAUUUUAUUGCAAUAUUACCUCCUAAAAUCACGACCAAUGAGCUGAUAUGUUUCUUCUGAGUUUUUUUUACAUAGCUAUAUAAUUAAUGUAAGUGAUGUAAUGUAAAGAAAAGUGGUCAAAAUUGUAAAAUUACUUAUUUUGGGGGACUAAAAAGACGGUUUUACUUUAAAUUGUAUCCUCCCUCCAAGAAUGGAUUAAAAAAAAUGUUUAAUCCAAAAAAAUGACAUUGAUAUGCCAGAAGUCACAGGAUAGUACUUUGUAAAUCGAAUAAAGUGUUACAUCAAGAGAGGGGAGAGGCGGCUUGUAAGUUAGAUUCUAGCUCUUGCGCUCAGGGAAUCAUCAGUUAAGUAAGAGUAUUUUAAUCUUAUUAUGAAUUAUGAGUGUGGCCUGAUAGUUGGUGCCAUAGAUAGAAUGGAAUGGAAUGGUUGGGUGGAUUUGACCAUUCUUAGACUCAUAGCAUCACACUUUUACCAGGAAAAACUCUUGUGAAUAGACAAGUGACUCUGCCCAAUAAUAAGGUGCUACAUCUUUAAUAAAAAUAAUACAGUAAAAAAUGGAAUUCAGGUCCAAAAAAACAGGCUCCAGUAGUUAUGUUUAAAAUGAUUUGGUGUCAGUUUACAGAUGCAAAGUGUUUAUUAAAAAAAAAAUAAAAGAUAAAAAAAAAGGUUAAGUUGAGAAUAUUUAAGAAAUAAAAAAAAGACACGAGCGCAGUGCAGAUAUGGGCAUUUCUGUACUGUCUAAAUCCACCACUGAACCUGUUUUAUUGAAAAAAAAAAAAAUAAUUAAUUUUUUGUUGGAGUCUAUUUUAAUGAUAAACACUCUGCAUCUAUCUCCAGCAUGGACUUAAUACCAGUUUUAGGCCAAAACCUUCUUAAAACAUCAAAUUAUAAAAUACUGUCCAGGCAUCAUAUAGUGUAUAUCGUCGGUUUCCAAUGAAAAACAAGAAUCUGCUUUUUUGUCGAUUUUUAGUUAUCUACGUAAUUUGAACUGACAAAUUGUCCCAAAAUUUCUUGAUGAAAGAAACCAAUAGAAGUACUUGAAAAUGACCUGAAAUAAACUCAUUUUACAUUGACUUCUAUUGUAAGUUUAGAAGUUUUUUUCUCUCUCCUGUAAAGUUGCUGUUUUGGAGAUACUUGUUUUUCAUUAGACAGUGACAUGAUACUAGUCCCAUGACAUUUGGCAUGCCAGUGUUUAUGUUGGUCUAUGUGAUGCCCUUGUUCUUCUUUUGGGACUUUUGUGAAUAAAGUCACCAAUCAAUGAAGAAUAGGGAAGAGUACAAAUACUAAAGAGCUACAUAAUUAAUUAAGUAAUGCAGCAAAAAAAUCAGCUCCAAAAACAGAUUCCAGUAGUUAUAUUUAAAAUAUUUUGGUGUCAGUUUACAGAUGCACAUUUAUUUAUUUUUUUUGAGAAUAUUCGAAAGACAAAAAUGUAUAUACAGCUCUAGAAGAAAUGAAGAGAUCACUUCAGUUUCUGAAUCAGUUUCUCUAAUUUUGCUAUUUAUAUGUAAAAUUUGAAAAAAAAAAUGAACAUUGUUGUUUUAUUCAAUAAACUACAGACAACAUUUCUCCCAAAUUCCAAAUAAAAAUAUUGUCAUUUAGAGCAUUUAUUUGCAGAAAACAAAAAAUGUCUGAAAUAACAAAAAAGACACAAAGCUUUCAAAUAACCUCAAAUAAUGCAAAGAAAACAAGUUCACAUUCAUCAUUUUCAUGCAUCUUGGCAUGUUCUCCUCCACCAGUCUUACACACUGCUUUAGGAUAACUUUAUGCCUUUACUCCUGGUGCAGAAAUUAAAACAAUUAAAGCAGUUAAGCUUGGUUUGAUGGCUUUUGAUCAUCCACCUAACUCUUGAUUAUAUUCCAGAUUUUUUUUUUUUUUUCAGUUUGGUAAAAUCAAAGAAACUCUUCAUUUUUAAGUUGUCUUAUAUAUAUAUAUAUAUA